AUGGAGUUUGGGUUGCAACUUUCCAAAGGUUUGGACGAGUUUGAAGUCGACACAACACUUUAUCGAAGGAUAAUCGGCUGCCUCAGAUAUUUAAUUCACACAAGACCUGAUAUGGCGUUUUCAGUUGGUAUCUUAAGUAGAUACAUGCAUUCACCAAGUGCGUCACACGACAAUACACUAAAGAAAGUGUUAAGAUAUCUUAAAGGAACGCUCGGAUCAUUCAAGCAAGGAGGAUCCAAGAAGCUCAUUGGGUAUAGUGAUAGUAGUCACAACACUGAUCCUGAUGAUGGUAGAAGUACAACAGGACACUUGUUCUGUCUUGGAGAAACGCGAAUAACUUGGUGUUUUCGAAAGCAAGACAUGGUGGCUCUAUCCUCUUGUGAAUCGGAAUUCAUGGCUGCAACGGAGGCUGCGAAACAAGAUUUUUGGCUGCAAGACCUGAUAAGUGAGACCACGGGCAGAAAGAUUGAGAAGACAUUUAUUCGUGUUAACAACAUAUCAGCUAUUGCACUAGCCAAAUAUCAUGAAGAGAUUGACGUGGAACAUGUGCCUAGAACAGAGCAGAAAGCGGACAUCCUAACUAAAGCCUUAGCAAGAAUCAAAUUCAAAGAGAUGAGUGAGGAGAUUCAAGUUCAAAAUCUUAGUGAAAAUGGUUUGAAGAUUAAGAGGGAGAAUGUUGGAUAA